AUGGGUAUGGUAGCAUGCCAAACAGCUUCUGCUAGUUACUUAAAAACAGUGAAAAGAUCACAUUUCAUCAGUUCAGAUAAGGUUGUUAGACUAAUGGAUGAAGUGGAAUCCAUUUUCACAAAGAACUUUACUAGCAAUGAUAGAAAAAAAGCAAUGAAGUUUUUAAAACCUCAAGUGCAGAAAGGUUCUCAUAUGGUCACUUUCUUUUUCAAACCAGCUUAUAUGGAAGCAGUUUAUCCUGUUUUCAGUGUAUUUGCAUUGUUUAGUCUACACUUGUUUAUGUACGGAUGCAAUUUAUAUAUGUGGAAAGCGACAAGAAUAAAUCAUAAUUUCAUAUUUGAAUUCUCGCCGACCACGGCGCUAAAGCAUAGAGAUGCUUUUUUGAUUUGUAUUGUCUUCAUGACUGUUGUGGUUGGAGCGAUGGUCUUGCACCUUCUUCUAAGGGCUGCGGGGUUUUUUCCUGGCAAUGUUGACGCCAUUCCCGGAAUUCUACUUCUGUUUUUCAUAGCUAUGCUCAUUUGUCCAUUAGACAUUUUCUAUCGUCCAACUCGAUUCUGCUUCAUCCGCGUUAUUCGUAACAUUAUCUGUUCUCCUUUUUAUAAGGUUCUUCUGGUGGAUUUUUUUAUGGCUGAUCAACUAACUAGUCAGAUACCAUUGCUAAGACAUUUGGAAACAACGAGUUGUCACAUUUUAUCCCGGGUUUUCAAAACCCACCACCCUGAAACCUGUAGUUCCGGAAGAUUCUACAUGGAAAUAACCUACAUUAUCUCAUUUUUGCCAUAUUUUUGGCGUGCCCUUCAGUGUGUAAGAAGAUGGUAUGAUGACAGUGAUGUUGCGCAUUUGACGAACAUGGGGAAGUAUAUCUCUGCAAUGGUUGCAGCAGGAGCUAGAGUAACAUAUGGAAGACAAGAUGACAAUAUAAUGUUUUUUAUUGUUAUAAUCACAUCUGUGACAGCUACAAUGUAUCAACUGUAUUGGGAUUUUGUCAAAGAUUGGGGAUUUCUUAAUCCUAACUCAAGAAAUGCAUGGCUAAGAGAUGAUUUAGUUUUGAAGAAUAAAAGCAUAUACUACAUGUCUAUGGCAUUAAAUGUUGUGUUAAGAGUGACUUGGACAGAAACUGUUAUGCAUUUCAAAGUUGGGCCUAUUCAAACAAGGUUGUUGGAUUUUAUGUUAGCUUCAUUGGAUUUUAUGUCUACCGAAGAUUUUAUAUUGGUAAUUUAA